CCAGUCCGUCCGUUGUGCAAAAAACGAAAUCGGUUAAUAUGUAAGUUCCUGCUGGGAAAAUAGCCCCAAUGUGCCCUGUGACUGGUGUGAGCAAAAUCGGUAUCCGCUCGGUUCCGCCGUCUUCUGCGUCGGAGAGCAACGGCCGUAACACACAGAAUCCGCACUGCAGACAAAACCCGCCGCGACCCGCGCGCAACGAACGAAACGGAUGGUCGUGAAGUGAAGUGAAGUGAAUUGCCCGGCACACCGCAGGAAAACUCGCCAUCGUCGGUCGGGAAAAUUCUACUUCGAGGCUCGGGAGCCUUUUUCGGAAGCUGAGCCGCGCUGAGUGUGUGUGUGUUUCACACAGCAGCAGCUGCAGGUCGACGGAUUGGACGUUCAAGGGUACACGCGAGUGUGUGUGUGUGUGUGUGGUAGUAUUUUCCCAGCAGCGGGGUCAGUGUUUGAUGUUUAUUUUCGGUUCCGUGGGCGAGUUCCGUGGAUUUUCCAAGAGCUGCUGCAUCGGGAAUAGGUAGCCUUGCUGCACCCGCGCGUGUGGGUGUGUGUGUGCGGAGACUCCGAAAAACGAAAACUGACCGAGAAGAGAAACACGGCGGAAAAAGAAGAGCAUCCUUGGGCCCGCAGAGUUUUCCCCCCGGCAGAGAGUUCGGCCUGCUGCUGCUGCUGUGCGGAAAAUCGCGAAGAGAGCGUGAGCGUGAGUCCGUGUGAGACGCGGUGAGAGAGGUUCAGCCGAAGGUUACGCAACCCGUAAACGGGCGUAAGCACUAGCCCUUCGCUAGCUAGCCGUCAAAGGAAGCCGAAGUAACGCCCCAGCCCGCGGUCGAUUGACAGUCUCCAGCCCCGGGAGAGGGCCAGCCGCCGUCAGUCUAGGGCCGGCCACGAUCGCAGCCAGAUCGCACUCGUAGAGUUCAACCGGAGCGUUCCGGGGGGUGUUCGGGUAGCACCGAGUGGAACUGACGGGGUCUGUGUAUCUGCUGCUGCUGCUGUUGCUGGAGAGUUCCUGCCGGUGAAUUCCAAAGUUCCAAAGUUCCGGAAAUCCGUUCAAGUACAGUGAUUUCGAGUGAGACCUUGUCGGGUGUGUGCGAAUGGGCUCCGUUGGCCCCUCGGAUACGUGAGACAUCCUGCGAGAGUGUGUGUGCGUGUGUGUUUUAAAUAGUGUGCGUGAAAUCAGACAGGCAUGAUGUCGGCGCUAAGCCAUCAGGUCAAUAUGAACAACUUCCUGUCGCUGCUGGUCGGUGCCUCGCUGGUGACGGCCAACUCGUCACCGAACCACGACAUCAGCUCGCUUUCCCAGCCGACCGAGUUCAGCAACGGCGUGUCCUCGUUCGCACUGCCGGCCGAGGAUCGCAUGCCGAUCGAGAGCUUUACGCUGGCGUUCCUCAACUACAGCUACGUGGACGCCGCCGGUCAGCUGCGGGAGCUCGGCGGCAACGAGAGUGCCAAGUACGGGGAGGGACGUGUCCUUAACCGCACCGGGUUGCUGGUGCACGUCACCAACAGUGCGAACCGUUCCGAUCACUCCGGUUGCUCCCGGUACUGGCUCGGUACGCGGGGCGAUCCGCUUCCGGCGGACCACGAAGGCACGGCCUGGAUCGCGCUCAUCCGGCGCGGUGGCUGCAACUUCGAGGACAAGGUGAAGCACGCGGCCGAACACGGGGCUGCGGCCGCCAUUAUCUACAACGAUAAGGGCGACGCGAAGCUGGAUAAAAUGAAGAUCAACGAUAAGGAACGAAACAUUACCGCGGUCUUCACGACGAAGGCGUUGGGCCACGAGCUGAUCGAGCUGCUGGAGAGCCAUGAAGUGUUGAUGCACAUCAUCGAAGGUUCCCGCCAGUUCCGCCCGAUAGGCAACAUCAAUCGCACGUCGGUCCUGUUCGUGUCGAUCUCGUUUAUCGUGCUGAUGAUCAUCUCGCUCGUCUGGCUGGUGUUUUACUACGUGCAGCGGUUCCGGUACCUGCAAACGAAAGACAAACAAUCGAAACGGCUGUGCAGCGUCGCGAAGCGAAUCAUUGCCAAAAUUCCAACGAAAAGUAUUAAAUCAGAUGACAAGGAAAUCGAUAACGAUUGCUGCGCCAUCUGCAUCGAGCCGUACAAAGUGACCGAUGUGAUACGCGUGCUACCGUGCAAACACGAGUUCCACAAGGCGUGCAUCGAUCCGUGGCUGCUAGAGCAUCGCACGUGCCCGAUGUGUAAAAUGGACAUCCUCCGGCACUACGGCUUUGUGUUUACCGGAAGUCAGGAGAGUAUACUGCAGCUGGACAUGGACAUGGAAGAGGGAGACCUUAUCGAUGACCGCAGCAGCACCGACGGAGGGGGCUACCAGCGGCGCAACAGCGUCAGCCCGUUGCCCCAGAUACGGGCUUCCAGUGAGAAUCGGAUGUCACGCAGUUCGUCCGAGUCGGAAUCGGACCAGGAGCAGAUGGAUCAUAUGAAUUCACACUCGUCCGGGCGCGCUGCGGCCCACCAGCGGCGCCAACCGGAACAACCGGAUGACAGCGAUAUCUGUGUCGGGUGCCUGGCCGCUGCGUUGAACAAGAAACAGCGCAAUCCGGAGAAUAGCCAGGUUACCCAGGAUGACCCCGACAGUGAUUCCUGUGCCGGCGAAAUGCAUGGAUCCAAGAGCCUGCCGGCAACGUUAAAGAAAUACAAAGGCAACCAUUCCACCGGCUCGUGCCGCGGUAUGAACCCGCCGGACCACUACCAUCCCUAUCCGCACGAUGGGCCCCACCGGGCCGACGGCGAACCGGCGGGCGCCCAGCAGCAGCACCAACAGCAACAGCAGUCGAAGCUUCCGUUCAAGUUUUACAAAACCGAUCGCGGUCAGGUACGCAAAGUACGCACGCCACUGAAAAACGUACUCCCGCAGUCCAUUUCCGCCCCCUGUGAUAAUGAUAGCUCCCUGAACGUGUGCAUUCACGACCAGAUCGCCGACGACGCGAAGAGACGCUGCUCGUUGUCCCGCAAAUCGAUCACGGAUGUGGUCACGUGCGAGGACCUCAAGAUUGCGAUCGAUUACUCAAACGACGACGAAGUGUCGGACGAAACGGAACCGAACAGUGACAACGAUCUGAUCGUCCGCCGAUCGGAGCGGGAUGGGGGCGAGAAGGAGGGCCAGAAAAAGUGAUCGGAUCUCGGGUGGCUUCGCCUCCGAGCGUCCAGCAUGCCGUGGAGCGACGGUAGAUAAUGAACGCUGUGCUACUACCAUCGACCAUUAUCAGAUGCCGGCGACCGGCAUGUGAUAGAGUGAGACAUUAGAAACACACACACACACACACGGGCUUAGAGAAAAUGUUUAGGAAAUGUUCUGUUCCGAUUGUUUCCAUUGAUGGUUUGGUUUCUAUUUCAAAAACGCCAAUUCUCUCGCCAGUCAAGCGGCUGCAGCCAACGGUUUCUGCAGCGUAGUUUUUUGGUAGACUAACAAACUAACCGGGAACGGGAAACGUUUACCGACUUAGAGUGAGGAGUAGUUCCACACAACACACGCAGCUCUCUAACCCAAGUAAUGCAAGCUCGUAGAGAAACUGAAAGAAACAACAAUCCGUAGUCCCGUGCCGCGAACACCGUGUUUUAACUCGUUCAUAGAUAAAGAAAGCUACCGUACUAUCGAAACCCUUUCACCCUUUUUGCCCACUAAUAGUUGAUGCAAAAUCGCGCCGAAGGUACUUAGCAAAAUGUAGUAGGAAGUUAGAUUUUUCAACACGGUUAAAAAUGUAGCCCUCGAGAGGCCACUGGAGGAAUAUGUGCGAAAGCACCCCCGACACACCCGUCUUCUUACUCUGAACUUAGCCGUUUCCGGUGUGCUCGAACGCCUGGACACCUUAUUAGUAACUAAUCGAUCGUUUCGUAGAUAGGCCGAUAACAGUUAGUGAUUCACCAGCACCAACCAGCAAGGUUCCUUUUCCGGCGAUCGGCUUAGAGCGUUGGGCGGUUGCAGUAAGGUUUUUAGAUGGGAAGUACACCCUGACACCCUGAGGCGUAGGUCGGUAAAUUAAUUUUUAAAACAAAAGCCUGCAGUUUGUUACUUAAAGAAAGGCGAUGGCGAUCUCAUGUUUGCUCGGAACACAGUAUAAUUAAACCGAUAUGUGAUAAGGCUUAAAGGACUGGAUCGCACGGACCCCGUCCAACUUGUGUGUGCAGGUACUAAAACCCAAGAAAAACAAAAAACAAACAGAUGCUGGCAAAAAGGCGUUGGUUUGCUUUUCCGUUGGUUUUGUGCCUCGAAUUUCGCAAUUUCCGGAAUGACAACAGUUUCUGUCCGAAACUGUUAUACUGGCGUACAGACCUAAUCUUGCAAGCAAGCUACCGAACAAGUUGUAGGCAUCACAAAAGGUUCUACGUACGCAACCUAACGGCUGCGUGCUGUGAGCCGUUGAUGAUUUUAAAAUGAUAGAAAAGAACGUAAACAAAAACCGCCUGACGGGGGGGGGGGGGCAACCCCUUCGAAUCUAAUUCCUUAGCUCCAAAAUUACGGGUUUCGGGUAUUAAAUUACACUCAGUUUCAUUGAUCUUAGCUCUGAACAAACCUGUCCGAAUGCCGCGCCAGAGAUCGAUCACCUAGCGGACCUAGCGACACUUCCUAGCAGCAGCAGAAUGCGGCGUUUAAAUAGAAGGUUCAGCAUCAUUGCGCCAAACACUCGCGUGACGUUGUAUUUAUUGUGUUACUAAACUGAAGACUGAAAAUUGCUGACAAGGAUGUGGUGUGGUGCGGAAAGCGGAGCAGGGAACCUGAUGUCCCGCCCCGAUUGGCGUAGUGUAUGAUAGAGGUCGAGAGGAACGUGUAAAAAAUAAAACAGUCAAAAACCAAACCUAAUGCUUGAUAGAGCGAAAGCGGCGGAUGAACGAUAUUAACACUAACAGGUCACCCAGGAGCCAAACAAACAUUCUUAACAGCAUGCAGAUAAUGGAGUAGAUUAGUGAAGCGAAACUACUUUCGAUAUUUGCAAUAAAGUUCUAAACGAAAUUCUAAACCUUA